GAUCAAAGUUAGCGGCUGACAUCUGCUUCGCUACACCUGCCUUCAUUGAAUGAGGUUUUACAGAAAGUAGCAUCUGUUUUGGUCCUAUCCCCAUAUAAAAUUAAUAUAAUCGAAGUGCAAAUAUUUGGUUUUUAAUUGGAAACACAUUCCCACAAAACUGCAGUUUAACGGCGACGAGCUGGCGCAGGUCGUGGGGUGCCCGUGGACCAUGAGAGACAGCGGAGGCAGCCUUGCACAAAACCGCUGGCAGGGCGAACUCGGUUUAACCGUGGGCCAGGAGGAUAGCGGGGGUGGGGGUCUACCUGGGGAACACCUCAUGGACCCAGCCUCCACACACCACGUCCCCAGCCCCAUGCACCUGAAACUGGGGCAGAAGGAGAGGGUGUGGGGGGGGGAGUUCAUGGAGCAGGAGGGGAUUGACGAGGAUGGGGAGGAGGAGGAGGAAGAGGAGAACGAAGGAGAUAUGGAAGAAGCGGAGGAAGAGGAGGGAGAGGUUGAUUUCGAAGGUGAAGGAUGGGAUGAGGAGGAUGAAGAGGAGGACGCAGAGUUAGAAUAUGAAGUCCCACACAGGUUACCUUUGUCAAUACCUGACCAUCCGCAACAACACCACCUCCACCAUCAGCAGCUGACAUACGACCACCAGGCCGAGCACGAAGCAGGGGACUCGCUUAGGUUCCUCCCCCGUUCCAGGGUCAACGGGUUCAGGCAGCUCAGGCUGAGGCGCUGGCUGAAGCUCAGGGCCCACGGGGGCCUGGGGACCCGGCUGACACAUCACUGGAAGACCUGGCGCCAGAGGGCCCAGUGGGUGGGGACCCUGGGGCACCGCAGGGCGAGGCGCUGGCGUCGGUACGGCGUGUACGCCAACCGGCAGAGGAGGAGCGGGGGGCUGAGGAUAGCCAGGUCCCCACUGUCGGACGAAGAGAAGCUCAGCUGCUCGGAACAAGAUGAGCGGUUGAAUGGCUACUCAGACUACCAGAGCAGCCAGGAGAGUGGGGCGGAGCGAGGGGCGAGGAGGGAGGCUGAGGCCUUGCACCCGGCCGCCAGGGACAAGCCAGCUGAGGUCACCCUCACGGAGGAGCACAUGAGCUGUGUCACAGAGAUCCUGGAUGAGUCGCUCCAGCAGUACGGAAGUCUGAUCCCCGUCCAUGUAGAUGACAUCGUGGAGAAGCUGCAGGAUGUCUUCAACGAGAGCUUCUCCCAGCCUCACAGGAAAACAAUGGUGCAGCACCUUAUUCAGUCCUACCAGAGGUCGUCGGGCACGGCCAUGGUCAGAGGGUUCAGUGUGAACUACAAGCGUCACGUCCUGACCAUGGAUGACCUCAGCACGCUAUACGGCCAGAACUGGCUCAAUGACCAGGUCAUGAACAUGUUCGGGGACCUAGUAAUGGAUUAUGUACCCGAGAAGGUCCAUUUCUUUAACAGCUUCUUCUACGACAAGCUGAGGACAAAAGGCUACGAUGGCGUCAAAAGAUGGACGAAAAAUGUGGACAUCUUCCAGAAGGAUCUCCUGCUGAUCCCCAUCCACCUGGAGGUCCACUGGUCUCUGGUGAGCGUGGACAUUCCCAAAAGGGCCAUCACCUACUUCGACUCUCAAAGGACGCUAAACCGCCGCUGUCCGAAGCACAUCUCUAAGUACCUCCAAGCCGAGGCCGUUAAGAAGGACCAGCGAGACUUCCUCACAGGGUGGAAAGGCUAUUUCAAAAUGAAUGUGGGCCGUCAGAACAACGACAGUGACUGUGGAGCGUUCGUCCUACAGUACUGCAAGACCCUGGCCUUGGGGCAGCCAUUUAGCUUUGGCCAGCAGGACAUGCCUAAACUCAGGAGGCAAAUGUACAAGGAACUGUGUCACUGCAAGCUCUCUCUGUGACCCCUGACCAUGAACCCCUGGUCGUGACCCACCCCCCCCCCCCCCACCCCCUUUCCGGUUGGGCGAGAGGACGGGGGAAGGAGGGAGAGUAAGAUGGACGCGCGAGCGACCUAAGAGAAAAAGAAAAAGAGGAACUUUUUUUAGAAACAACUUUUUCUCCUCUGAAGACAUCCAGGAAUGGAACACGUGGAGGGGGAGAGGGGGAGAGGGUGGGAGGGAAGGAGGGUAGAAAAGUAGGAGGAGGGGGCCCUCUCCCUUUUUGCCCCGUUUUAGUUUUUUGCCCUUUUUAACUCUCUUUUUCUCUCUCUCUUUCCCUGUUUUUAUUUACAUGUUUAUGGUUAUUACCUUGUGGUUGACAGAGGCCAACUCAAACUCUUUUACUCUGAUAGUUGACACGUGACACGUGCAUUGAAAAAAAAGUGUAUUUGAACUUGGGAGGGAGGGAAGGGUUUCUCUCUUGUCUUGUCUCUCUCUACCACUCUCUCUAUCUCCUUUCUCUCUCUUUCUCUCUCUCUUUGUGUCUCGCAACUGACUAUCAUCCCUAACCCAACCCAAACUGAAGAGCUUCACUUCAUUUUUCUCGUUUUUCCUCUUUGUCAGUUAACGUGUUGCUAUGCUUAUCGUUGGAAAAAAAAUUAUAACAGGUGUUUAUGGAGGGACACAGUUUAUUGUUUCAUAUUUUUGAGUAAAAAUAAAUGAUAAUCCUUACCAAGUUCAGUCACCAUGUCGGACCAUGUCAGCCUCAGAAAUACAUUUUCAGUGUUGUUCCAAACUAGUUUAUUAUUAUACUUUUUUUGUAACAAAAGCGAUCUUGUUUAUAGGUAUGUGUUUUUUUCCGUUGUAUUAUUUUGUUUUAUUAUUUUUCUCAAACGGGCGUUGACGGAACAUACUGUUUUAUAACUUCUAAAACGCAUUAUGGUUGCAAAGAAUAAACGAGUUACAUGGCAAGGA